AUUUUCUUAGUAAAAAGUUAAAAAGUAAAAGACAAAAUAAAAAAAUAAAAAAAUCCUUAGAAUAUUAUUGAAUAAAAGACUUUUAUUAAUUAAAGCGUAUUUUCUAAAGGACUUUAUCAUGAAAAGAAACUUAUUUAUUUUAACUAUUAUUAAGUAAGACCUCACUAUUUAAAUUUAUUUACUUUUUUUAUCUUUUUUUAACUUUUUUAGUUAUUUUUUUAGUAAUUUAAACUACUUUUUUAUUUUUUUUAAUAGAUUUUUUUUUUUAUUUUAUCAUUUUUGGAAAACCGCCCAUUUUUAUUUUUUAGAUUAAUAUUUAUCCUUUUUGUUAACUUUUUUUAUCGAUUUUAUUAAGCAAAAUUUUGCUAUCUUCAAAUAAAUCCCAUAACUCUUCGAAAUUUUGAGAAUAUGCUUUUGCCAAGUCAAUAUCUUAAAUAAGUAACAAAUUUUCGAAGUUUAAUUUCGUCGCCGCUUUCGUCCAAUUAAAGGAUCCAGUACCCAAUAUUUUAUCAUCUAUUAUGACAUAUUUAUGGUGCAUUUUUACGUGAUUUUUAUUAUUUGUCCUUAUUUCUAUAUCAUUAUUAGUAGCGCUUUGUAAUGCAAAAGGAAAGCUAUAUUUUUAUGAGUUUUAUUAUAAGUCGGUUAUUAUUCGGACUUUUAUUUUAUCAUUUUUUACUUUUUCUAAUAUUUUUAGUGCUAUUGAUUGACUUGUCAUACUAUAAACGCAAAUUUUUAAUUCUUUGUUAGCUUAAUUUAUAA